GGAACUGCUUCCAUUCGUGUCUUAAACCCCGCAGCUCUCCCGCUUCCCCUUCUGCUCUUUCUCUUUCGGAAGUAUUUCCCCUCUACAAGCUCCUUCGUUUCAGGGUCUGCCAUGGCCAAGGAGAAAUUGAAGCCUUUAUUGACAUCUUUCACUCCCGACGGUGAUAUCCUCGCGAUCUUUUCCCCAAAUGGGACUGUCAAGAUCUGCAAGACAAGCAAUGGAAAUUUAUUAGCAGAGUGGAAGUGGUCAGAUGAUGGUCUUAUUGGUGCAUUUUCAUGCAUGGCGUGUUGCUUUCUUGGGAAGAAGAGGAAAAAGCAGCAAGGCACGUGCUUAUUAGCUUUUGGGACAAGUAAUGGGGACAUCUGGACUGUUGAUGCUUUAACUGGUGAAAGCAAGUGGAAAUCCAUGGAGUGCUGCCGUGAUGGAUUUGCUGGUCUCACUUUUGUGAAGAAAGGUCAUGAUCUAUGUGCUGUUGGAGUUAAUGGGAAGGCAUUUGUGAUGGAUUCAGAAACUGGAGAGCUAAUAAAGAAGUUUAAAGCUUCAAAAGGGCCCAUUUCUUCCUUAGCUUUUUCUUGUGAUGAGAAGUUUGUUGCCAUAGCUGGUGGUAAAAUGCGGAUCAUAGAUUUGGAAAAUGGAAAGGAACUUGUGAAAUAUUCAAAUGAUUUGGGUCAUUUGCAAUACAUAUCCAUAUCUGAUGAUGCCAAGAUGAUUGUUACAUCAGAAGCUGGGGAAAAAAAUCUUCAAGUGUGGAGUUGUGAUUUGAGCUCCAAGACUAUUACUAAGGGUCCAGUUCUUAGCAUGGCACGUUCUCCAUUAGCAUUGGAAUGCAAAGUUUGUACCAAUGAGCAGAAUGGUCCAGUUGUCUUAGCACUUUCUAAAUCUGGUGUAGCUUACAUUUGGAAUUUGAAGGUGACCUCACAGGAGGAGGUGACUCCAGCAAAGAUCACAGUAAAUUCUAACAAAACAGAAUCAGAUAAUCAAAAUAGUUCUAGUGGAAAGAAAAGUAGCACUUCUAUUAUGACUGCUAGAUUACAUGCCGUAGAAGAAAAACGGAUAAUAGCACUUGUUGCUUAUGGUUCAACAGUAUAUCUACAAAUCAGUAUGGUCAAUGUGAGCAAUCCAGGGGAUGACAUUGUUAUAACAGCUAGAGAUGAGUCUGGAAUUUACAAAGGAAAUGGAAUAUCUGCAGGGGAAGAUCUGAAUAAUUCACUGCCGGAAACAUUAGGUACUCCACCACAAAGCAGACGAACAAAUAAGAAGCGAACUGCACCUGAUCCUGAUCUCCCAACUGCAAUUGGAGUGGAUGAUGCUGGUCAUGGUGAGGAUGUGGAUGGGGUCCUCGUCAACAACAAUGAAAAUGAGCCAACCAUGGGUGAGAAACUUGCAAGUGUAAAAUUGUUAGAGAAUGACAAGACUGAAAACCAUGAAAAAGAAGAUUCCUCUCCUCGUGCAAAGCCUCCCAGUGCAGACUCAGUUAAUAUUUUGCUUAAGCAAGCACUCCAUGCUGAUGACCGUGCACUUCUGUUGGAUUGCUUGUACAACCAAGAUCAAAAGGUUAUUGCUAAUUCAAUCUCAUUAUUGAAUUCUUCUGAUGUUCUAAAGCUCUUGAACUCUCUUGUCUCAAUAAUUCAGUCAAGGGGUGCAGUCUUGGCAUGUGCUCUUCCAUGGAUAAAAAGUUUACUACUUCAACAUGCCAGUGGAAUCAUGUCCCAGGAAUCAUCUUUACUGGCACUGAACUCGGUCUAUCAGCUAAUUGAAUCCAGAGUUGCAACUUUUCAAUCAGCUCUAGAAAUCUCUAGUUGCUUGGACUUACUUUAUUCAGGGAUUGUGGGUGAUGAGGUGGAAGAGAGUGACACUAUCCCUGUGAUAUAUGAGGACAAGGAUGAAAGUGAUGAAGAGGAAUCUGAAGAAGCCAUGGAAACUGAUGAUGAUAGUAAUGAAGAGGGAGCUUUUGAUGGGGUUAGUGAUUUUGAAGAAAUUGAUGACAUGAGCGAAUGACGGUUAAAAUAAGGUUAUUCUGGUUCAGUUUUUUGAGAAUAUGAACUGAAAGUUGUUUACACGAUUCAACCACAAUGGGAACAUGUGCCAAGCUCAAGGAAGUCGAAAGCAGACUGACAAUGGCUAUAGCUAAGGUUGUGCACUGCCUAGCUUGAGUUUGCAACUGGUUGGAAAUUGAGCUGUCGAGGCUAAAGCCUGUUAUGAGAGUUUGAAUAGUCCUGCCGUCCUCGGAUACUUAGGCAACUAAUCUAUAAUAGCGAAAGGGGUUAGCUUAAUUAGUUACCAUUCAAUUCAAUGUUUUCUCUUUAUCAGAGUUUUUUUUUUUGUGGUUUGCUAGCAAUAUAGAGGUAGGACAUUUAACUGAGGGAACCCAGAUUGUUCAGGUCCAGCCAAAGAGAUUAGUGGAUUUUGUGGCUCCAAACUUGUGGGUAGCAUUUAUCAUAGCGAAGAGGCAGGAACUAAAUUGCCAAGGAACAGGGGUAUGACUCAGAUUCAAGUCAUCAGUUUUAUUAUAGAACUGUCAUUUUUUGUGUGAAAUUAUUAUAUCAUUUGAAUUGUAUGCCUUUGGCUAGCAUUAUCUGGAA